AUGCGUGGCGGUCCGCGUGGAAUCGCGAGGUUGGGUUCGACGGGAGGUUCCCGCCGGCUGGUUUGUCGAAGCGCGUUGCUGGAAGACGAAUCGGACGGAGAAAGCGCAAGGGAAGCAGCAGCGAAGAGAGCAGUGCCGGGCGCCAAGCCAGGGAGCAGCAAGAGCUGGCAGGAGACCACCGCGUCCGCAGCUGCUGUAGCGGCCCUUCUGGACAGUGCUGCAGGCGCCAGCGCUAUAGGCAGCAGCGGAGCAGAAAAGGCUACAACUGCGUUUGCUUCGAGUGCUGCUGCUACAGGCGGCUCUGCUACAGCCGGUGCUGCUGGGGGGGCUGCUACAGGCGGUGCGUCAGCAGCAGGGCCGGCGGCGGCGGCGGUGGGCGAGUUCUGCAUCAUAGAGGGACCGGACGCGCUGCAGGACUUUGCUCGCAUGCAGCUGACUGAGAUCCGUGACAACAUCACGUCUCGGCGCAACCGGAUUUUCCUGCUGCUGGAAGAGAUUCGCCGGCUGCGCAUUCAGCAGGAGAUCAAGAACGCAGAGGAGAGCCGCAACAGAGCAGCAGCAGCCGCCGCACGAGCGAAAUUGGGAGGCCUGCCAGUGGAGGAGGAGGAAGAGAUGCCUGAGUACCCCUCCUCGAUUCCCUUCCUGCCCCCACUUAAAACGGACACUCUAAAGGAGUAUUACAUCACAUUUGCCUUCCUUGUCGCCAGCCUCAUCAUUUUCGGUGGCCUUGUGGCGCCCACUCUGCAACUGCGGCUGGGCAUGGGUGGCACGUCCUAUGAGGAUUUUAUCGCCAGCAUGCACCUGCCGCGGCAGCUCAGCCAAGUGGACCCCAUAGUCGCCUCCUUCACAGGGGGAGCGGUGGGGGUGCUGUCAGCGCUGCUGGUGGUGGAGGUGAACAACGUGAAGCAGCAGGAGCACAAGCGCUGCAUGUACUGCCAUGGAUCGGGUUACCUGGCAUGUGCCCGCUGCGCUGCCACAGGCUCGCUCAUAGACGUGCAGCUGGAGGGGGAGGGUUCAGCAGAAGGCGGAGCAGCAGCAGCAGGAGGGGGUGCUGCUUCUAAUGGAGCGCUGGCAGCAGCAGCAGGAGCAGAGGGAGCAGGUACUGCUGGGCGGCAAGGCAUGAAGGUGGCCAAGCGGUGUCCCAACUGUGCUGGUCUGCGCAAGGUCAUGUGCCCCACUUGCUUGUGCACGGGGAUGGCACUUGCCACAGAGCACGAUCCGCGUAUCAACCCCUUCGAGUGA